AUCCCUUCUUCACCUGCAAGCAACAAAAUCACUACACACACAACACAACCCAUUUGAUCUUUAUAAAAUGUCGACGCGUAUGAUCAGCAGCUUCUUCCCUACCAACCGCAAGGAACAAUACUACGUUGAGGAUCGGUCCGGCUGCGAAAAGUGUCCUACUGAAGAUCGAAAAGAACGCUACCAGGGCGAGGAUCGACGAAUGUUUGACAAAUUCUUUGACGAUCGGAAGGAACGCUACUACGUCGAAAACCGCCAUUCUUACAGGCAAUUUCCGGAGAAAGAUGUGGUGUCAGCCGAUUCCUUCCGAUCUUCCGUUGCUCCAAAUUCCUCUGCCAUAAACGCUCAGAUUGACUGGAAGGAAACCGGUGAUGCAUACGUUUUCAAGUUAGAUCUUCCCGGAGUGAAAAAACAUGAAGUGAAACUGGAGAUUGAAGAGAAUGGAGCUCUGUGUAUCAGCACUGAAAUUAGGGCUGAGAGAGAGGAGAGAACCGAUAUUUGGCAUCGCAUGGAACGAAGUAGUGGAAGGAUCUACCGACGUAUUGUGUUGCCGGACGGUGCCGAUGUGGAUAAAGUGAGGGCAGAAAUGUAUAACGGAGUGUUGAACGUCACUGUGCCUAAAUACCAAUUCAGGAAGCCGAUGGCCAGAGUUGUCCAAAUUUCUGGACAUUAAAAUCCCAUAUGAUCAAUGAAGCAUAUUAAAAUAAUAAUACUAAUAGUAACGCUUUUAUUUUACGAUUUGAAAUAAAAACAAUGAAAUAUUAUCACUAUGUUGUGCUUUCAGGGCAUUAAUAAAAUUUUUAUUACGUUGCUCUUGAUCCAAAGAGUGUUUUCAAUAAUGAAAAAAAAUUGAGUUACACAAACA